UAUGAGAGAUUAUUAUUAUUAGUAGAGAGAUAUAUAUUUCUAAAACAUAAGCCCGAGAGUGUACUUUGUUUUAAUAUAGGUGUCUAAAGGUUUUAAUAGUAUUCGAAAUGAAUAAGCUACAAAAAGACAUUUUGGAGUUAGAAGAACAGUUUAGAUCGAAUUCCUGCAGAAUUUGCUUGACUCCAGAUAUCCACAACAGUUGUAAUUUAAUUAACGAAAAGUUAAUAAAGUGUAUUAAGUUUUGUACUGGAAUUAGGAUAAAUCAAGACAGCAAACUUCCAACACAAAUAUGCAAAGACUGUCUCAGUAGCAUCGCUGUAGCAUAUAAGUUCAAAAAUCUUUGCAUGAUCGCUGAAAAAAUAUGCGGUAAUCUACUUCAGAACAGAACAAAGAUUGACAAGCCUGAAACAUGUACAAGUCCUCUGGAAAAUGGAAUAGAAGUUGAUGUGCCUGAAAUUAACAAAGCUGAGGUUGAUGAUAGUGAAAACCUAAACAAAAUUGUAGUUGACGGAGAUUGUAUGAAUCUACUCCAAAAUGAAAUAGAAGUGGAUAUGCCUGAAAUUAACAAAAUUGAGGUUGAUGACAGUGAAAGCCUAAAUAUAUUGCUAGUUGACGGAGAUUGUAUGAAACCACUGCAAAAUGGAAUAAAAGUUGAGAUGUCUGAAAUUGACAAAGUUCAGGUUGGUGACAAUCAAAUCCUAGUUAAUGAAGAUUGUACAAAAGAAAAUUUUGUUAACAUAGACCAUACAAAUGAAUUGGAAAUAGAGAAAAUUGUAAUGGAUAAUAAUUUUAAUGUAAAUGAAAAUGAAGAUGUGACAUACUUCAUAUAUGAUCCUGGUGAACAAGAUAAUUUACUGGAUGAACCAGGCAGCCAUAUAGAUGAAGAUAAUUCACAAAUAGAGAUAUCUGGGACAGAAAGCAGUAGUGUUCAAAGGGAAUCAGACGAAGGUAACACCAAAGUAACACAAAGAUUUGUGUUCGGUCCAUACAGUAACAGCAAACUGAAGCGCAUUAAAUUAUACUGCAAGUGGUGCGACAUGAAGUUUGCCACCAAGCAAGAGGCCAGUGUGCACAGGGAGCUGGUGCAUAAACGUAGGACGUCUUUCACAUGUCAGGUAUGCGGUAAGACGUUCGCGAGGCGCGCCGCCCACUACGUGCACGCGCGCUCGCACCUGCCGCCCACGUUCGCCUGCGACCACUGCGACUACCGCACCGCCGUCAAGAACCAGCUGGCCGUCCACCUGCGCAUACACGCCGCCGGUCCCCGAAGGUACCAGUGCGAGCAGUGCCCGUCCGCGUACCACACGCCGUCCAACCUGCUGAACCACCGGCGCAAGGUGCACGAGCGGCUCAAGCGGUACGCGUGCCACGUCUGCGGGAAGACGUUCUUCACCAGCACCGACCUCAACGACCACCUCGACACGCACAACAAGAUCAAACGGUGAGAACUAUGCGUACAUGGUCAGAUGACCGCGUACCACACGCCUUCCAACCUGCUGAACCACCGGCGCAAGGUGCACGAGCGGCUCAAGCGGUACGCGUGCCACGUCUGCGGGAAGACGUUCUUCACCAGCACCGACCUCAACGACCACCUCGACACGCACAACAAGAUCAAACGGUGAGAACUGUGCGUACAUGGUCAGAUGACCGCGUACCACACGCCGUCCAACCUGCUGAACCACCGGCGCAAGGUGCACGAGCGGCUCAAGCGGUACGCGUGCCACGUCUGCGGGAAGACGUUCUUCACCAGCACCGACCUCAACGACCACCUCGACACGCACAACAAGAUCAAACGUUUCAAAUGCGACAUAUGCGACACGCAGUUCGCCGUGCGAUGGGGGUGGAAAAACCAUCUCCUGAAGCAGCACGGGAUCGUGAUACCACCACUCAAGCGCGGAGCGCAGAAGAUCAACGUGGUCGUGGGCACAAAUGCGUCUGACCAUGACCCUGACCACACAGAGUAGCACUUCCUUGAAGAACUGUAUCGUCAGACGAAUUAUACAGAGUGCUCGGGAGUUUCUUCCCAUAACUUCAAGGUGUUGACGAGUCCACUUAUAGUAGAGGAGCCGAAGAGGGGAUUUUUGCAGUUACUCGAGCGCGGCAGAUAAACAUAAGGGACUAUACCUUACACUUUGUCGAGUACCUCCACCGAGUAUGAAAAACUAACUUCAUAAAUACUCAACCAGUACGUCAGAUUAAGAUAAGGUAGGUGAGUUGAUAGCUAAAAACUGCACAUUUCGAAAAUCUGACGAUUUGAGCGUAACGUAAUGGAAUGGGAGGGUUUCAAAGUUACAAAAUUAAACCCUUAUAUUUUAGUGCUCGAGGUACGAGUGCGAUUAAUUUUUUACUUAUUUUUAAGGAAAUAAUCUCCUAAUUAAUCGCUAAAAUUUUCUUACAAUUUCAGUAAGCCAAAGUAAUAAAAAUUGUAUUUAAAGUCUGUAGUUUUUUUUUCCACCGCUAAAAGCGGAAAAAGUAAAUAACCAUUUAUUCUUCCUAUAAUUUAAUCUACCAAAUGUAAUCGGUCUCAAUGACGCUCGAGUAACUGCAAAUUUAGCAUCCCGGGCUCCCCUACUAUUAUAAUAUGCAUAACUAAUAUUUUUUCAACUAAAAAAUAAAAACUUUUUAUGUUUUCAUACAAAGUCAUUCAAAUAAUUCUGACCGUCCAUGUCAAUACACGCCUUUAUAUUUUCCCUGCAUUUUAAAAGACGUGAAACUUACUUGGUACAUCGUAAUUAUAAGGAACACAUUACAAGAUCUAUUUACAAAAGAAAUAUUAUUUACCCUGAAAAUAUAAAUGUUAGAACAUUUUUAAUUAUUUUUCGGUAGAAAAUAUAACCCCAGAGUUAUGGGAUAUACUCCCGAGCACCCUAUAUAGGGACCUGACUCGUUAGACGUUAUUGGUUCAUUCUGGGGUUAUAUUCUUUAGCGAAAAUCAAUUAAAAAUGUUCAAGGAACAUGUGUUCUAAAAUUAAUAUUGUCAGGGUAAAUAAAGAAAGAAAAAGAAAAAAAAAGAUCUUUAUUUUUAAGUAAUGCCACAUAUCACAUAAAAUCUAAAUUAUAACAUAUGGCUUAACUGUCCACUCAAACAGUGGAGCACUAAAGAAUGCCCUGUAAUAUGUGGCACAACCUAGAAAAAGGCCCCAACUCAGCAUUUUGCCGCAUACUUUCAAUAAAAAAAGUAUGCAGCACUGAUUUUCAGUUAAGACCCAGUUCAGGUGCCGCCACGCACACAGUUCAACACUUUACGUAAACUAUUAAAUACAAUUAUUAAGAACUAAUUAAAACAACUAGGUAGACAAUAAUAUUUCUUUUGUAAAUAGAUCUUAAAAUGUGUCCCAUAGACGCAUCCAUAUAAUUAUGACGUAGCCAAGUUUUACGUAUUUUAGAAUGCAAGGAUAGAUAAAGGCGUGUGUUACAUGGAUAGUCGGAAUUAUUUGAAAUACUUUGUAUCAAAAUAUAAAAAUAAUAUUUUUUUUAGUUAAAUAAAUUCUCGACUCGACAACACCUUCAAGUUAUGGGAAAUACUCCCCAGCACCCUGUAUAGUACUCGUUAGCCGUUACCCCUCUGUCAGAGUAUAAGAUCAACGAUCUAACGCGUUUAUAUAAACUGUUGCUAUAGAAUCGAUGUUUCAUUGUUGUAAUCGUUUUCGUAGUGUAAACAGCUCCUUAUAAUUGCCGGUUUGUGUAGUUAAGAGGCAUAAAAAAAAAAAAUACCGACCCAAUUGAUAACCUCCUCCUUUUUGAAGUCGGUUAAAAAAUGGUAUAUAACUUCUAGUUUAUUAAAAGAUAAAUAUUUCUAUUUUAAUUAAAUCAAAUUUGUACUGUAAAUAGUGUGUAAAAAGUAUUGAUUCUUCAACCGGAACCAUUGAUCUCUUAUAAUAUGUCAUAAUCAUGUAGAAAAUUUCACUUAAAAACUGGCCAAUUUUGCUUUGACAGUUUUAGAAUUAUUGGUAAAGAAAAUUAUACCUAAAGGCUUUUAAAUAUAGUCCAAUCUAUUACUAAUAUUUUAAAGCUGAAGAGUUUGUUUGAUUGAACGCGCUUAUCUCAGGAACUAUUGGUUCGAUUUGAAAAAUUCUUUCAUUGUUAGAUAGCCCAUUUAUCGAGGAAGACCAUAUGCCUUAUAUUAUCCCCGUAUACCUACGGAAACGGGAACCACGCGGGUGAAACCGCGCGGCGUCAGCUAGUAUUCAAUAAAAUCCUAAAUUCAGAGCAAAUUCAACCUUAACGAAUGAGUUUAAGGUUGAAUUUGCAAAUGCGACUUGAAUUGAGUGCCAAAAAGUUGUGUUUGGCACUCAUUGAGUGGGGAUGUUUUUUGUUUGCUGAUCGUGCAUCCACUUUUUAAUAGGAGAUCAAUCAAUCAAACAAUCAAUUUAUUUAUUUGCAGAAUUAUUUUUUUAUUCGAUGGUAUUCAACAGUAAACCAUCGAUCAGGUAACUUAUUGAUAAUCAUGUUAUCUUAUUGAUUCAAAUGUUUGAAUCUCUAUGUAUAAUGUCGGCUUUAAAAUAAAAGAUGUUUAUUUUUAAA